ACUGGUGUUUGGUGUUAAAGAUUCUGUAUGCCGAAAAAAAUCAAUCCUGGUCUUAUAUUACUGUGGUGUAAACUUAAUUUAAUCCAACCCAAAGACUUUACUUUUCGAGUUAUUUUUGGAUUAUUGUUGCACCGCUUAAUAACGGAAAAUUGUCGUGUACUGUAUGUCCGCCUCCUGGAGCGUUUUAGUCCUUUGUGAUUAUUUAUUGACGCCAUUUUGUUUGUUUGAUGACCGUAGGCUAGUGGAUUUGAAAGUCAAGAACGCUUGAGGCGUCAAUGAAGAAAAAGGGACUAAAAUAUGCCCUUGUUAAGCCCCUCUUUAAAGAAGAUGAUAAGAGAGACGUCAGUAACUUCCGGCUGAUUUCACUGCUGACAUCAUUUUCCAAAAUUUUUGAGAAGAUGGGUAGCAGUCAGCAGUUCUCACUCAGGUGGAAUAAUUACCUGAACCACAUAACUGGUGCCUUUGACACAUUGAGAAAUGAUGAUGAGUUGGUGGACGUAACACUGAGCUGUGAAGGCAAGCGCAUUAAGGCUCACAAGAUGUUGCUGUCUGUCUGCAGUACUUAUUUUAGAGAUCUGUUCAAGGAAAAUCCUUGCCAACAUCCUGUGAUAAUUUUUCGCAAUGUCAAAUUUGAAGACCUGGUGGCUCUGAUAGACUUCAUGUACCAUGGAGAGGUGAAUGUGAUGCAGGAGCAGCUCACUUCCUUUCUGACAACAGCAGAACUGUUGGCAGUGCAGGGCCUCUCUGAGGAUAAGGGCAAGGAAAAGGAGAGGGACAGUAGUCCACUGCCAGAGAGUGAGGUGGACUUGACGGACUCUCCUCCACCACCGCCACCACCACCACCAGUUCAUGAGACUGAAGCCUCUGUCAGUAACAGUAGCCAUAUUGGGCUCUUGCGACACAACAGGCAGCGUACGUCGUCCCCGCGAAGUCCCCCUCAGGCUCCGGCCUUUUUUCCCACCACCUCUAAUAUAGAACGGCGCCCGGAGUCACCACCUAAUAAACGCCGCCGUUGGUCAUCUACUCAGCAGCCAAUUGCAAAACCUGCUGCAGUGUGUGUGACCAGUAGGAAAUGUGACGAUGAGGGAAGUGGUUCCCCACCACCACCACCUUCUCCAGCCAGAAGGCCAGUUACGGAUCAGACCCCAGACACCACUGAAAUUGUGCCACCUACGCCAAACCCUCCCGUCAAAAUGGAAAUGCCCGAUUAUGUUGAUGAAUCUCGGACUCGUGCUGAUCAGGGUCAGAUGCCCAGUGGAACAGCUGUUGAAAAUGACUCUCUUGCGAGCAUGGCACAACUUGUUGCUGCAAAAACUGAGGGUGCUUCAUCACCGACACAAGGAGUGAGUUCGGCUCCGCCAGAUUUGUCAGAUCUUUACGGAGGGAGCUCGCGGGAUGCAGGGGCCACUUCGGACAGCUUGUCUGCUGUUGAACUGUCCCAGAUCCUUGCGAAACCGGGACCGUCGGGAGAAAGCCAGAGCCAAGAUUCUCUGCAGGACCAGACCACGUGGGAGACAUCCCUGUCAGGGGUCAGGGCACUUCAGCCACAUCACCGCUGCCACGAAUGUGGGAAACUGUUCGUGCACGAAAAUUCACUGCGUCAGCACAGGUUAUGGCACCAGGGAAGAACCGUGUGUCCAGUGUGCAUGCGUGUUUUCAAUCGCAUGUAUGCUAUGAGGUGUCACAUGGCAAGAGUGCACCUGGCAUGAAAGCAAUAUAUACUGCUGUAAUUUCUCAUUUUGUGACCUUGAAAAACAGAAAUAUGAAGCUACAUUUUUAUCCAUAUUUAUUUUUUUAAAGAGAGUGUGGAAGCUUUAGCUACAAGCCAGCUGUUGACUGGAAUUUUAUGGCACAUUUCACAGAAUCCCUUGUUCUUGUGGUAGUAAAAUAUAAUCACAAUCAUGUUUUUGCGAUUCCCACGAAGGAAUUAGAACAUAUAUCUAUAUGUAGUAAGAUCUAUAUGGUUUGAAAAUGACCUUUUCUUUUGACUGCCUUUAAUAAUUCAAUCAGUAGAAUACUGGAUUAUUUAAACAAAGAAUUUAUUUUUCUGGCUUAAUGAAGACAUCCUUGCAUACAAGACUGGACAAAAUGUGGUUCACAAUUUCAAAAUUAUCCAUCUAUUAGGUAAUAUAUUGCAACAAAAUUGAUAAGAAGAAAGGAAGAUUAAGAUUUAAUGUCAUGUCAACAAUGAAAACAUUAGAGACGGAGCAUAAUGUCAGGUUAGGGACUUCCUGGAAAGGAAUUUUCUCGGCAUUGGGUUAAAACAGUUUACGAAAAUACUGUAUACUUUCAAUAUCCCCUGCUAGUCCUGUUUGGUAUGGGUCCCUCAUACCUCAGCAGUAUUCUGGAACCGGUCACAUGAGUGAUUUGUAAGCUAUCUCCUUUGUAGAGUGAGUUCACUUCCUGGCUAUUCUACCAAUAAACUGAAGUCUACCACCUGCCUCACUCAUGACUGAACGUAAGUGAUCAUUACAUUUCGUAUCCGUACAAAGUGGUACACCCAGGUAUUUGUAUGAAUUGGCCAGUUCCAACAGUGACUCAUUGAUAUUAUAGUCAUAGGUUUUUUCUCAUUUUGUGAAGUGCGCAAUUUUACAUUUCUGAACAUGUGAAACAAGUUGCCAAUCUUUGCACUACUUUGAAAUCUUAUCAAGAUCAGACUGAAUAUUUAUGUAGCGUCUUUCAGUAGUACUUCAUUACAGGUAACUGUGUCAUCUGAAAAAACCUGAUACCUGAUGUUACUAUUAAUAUUGUCUGCAAGAUCAUUAAUAUACAACAUGAACAGCUGGGGUCCCAACACAUUUUCCAGGGGCACACUU